AUGAGCAAUUCUAAGGUUCUACUCUUUGGCUCAUUUACUGAAGAUGAAACCAAAUCUUUGAGGAUAAAUAAGUCUACUGGGAGAAAUGAUAAGCCUGUUGAGAAGAAUCAGCUGCAAUUUGAUUCUCUGAAUUCUGUUGUUGAAUCAAGCAACCUGCCCAAGUCACCAAAAGCAGCAAAACAUUUUCCUCUCCCUGAUUCUCAGAAACUUAAUGGAGUGAACAACAUACCUAAGGUAUCCGAAACUAUUAAAGAAAAUGGCAGUAUUACUAAAUUCUCUCCUACUCUCUCAGGGACUGCAAGUUUCAAGAGUGCCUUAAAAAAUGGCAGUGGUGACGAUACUUCAAAGUUAUUUGAUCAAAACUUGAAAAAGGCACCUAAUGGACAUGCUGUUAUGGAUGUUAAGGAACUGCUGCCUCGAGGCCUUAUUAACUCUGGGAAUUUAUGCUUCCUUAGUGCAACCGUGCAGGCUCUAUUGGUUUGUUCUCCUUUUCUUCAGCUUUUGCAGGAGUUAAGAACUCGCAACAUUCCUAAGGUUGGCUAUCCCACGCUUAAAGCAUUUGCUGAGUUUGUAACUCAAUUUGACAUGCCAAGCGGAAUAAUAUUAAAGAAGAAAGAUACAGAUUCUUUUGAGUUUGGACGGGCAUUUUGCCCUGUUAUGUUCGAAGAUGUUCUGAAAAAUUUUACCCCGGAUGUGCCAAAUAGCAUUUCAGGAAGACCAAGGCAAGAAGAUGCUCAGGAAUUUCUGAGCUUUGUUAUGGAUCAAAUGCAUGACGAAUUACUGAAGCUUGAAGGACAGUUUUCAAGUCUUAAUGGUAGCAAAUCUUUUCUAGUUUCUUCCGUGGAAGAUGAUGAGUGGGAAACAGUGGGGCCAAAGAAUAAAUCUGCUGUUACAAGGACUCAGCGCUUUAUUCCCUCAGAGUUAAAUGAUAUUUUUGGAGGACAACUCCAAAGUUUGGUUAGAACUGAAGGAAAUAGAUCUGCCACUGUUCAACCAUAUCGCCUGCUUCAUCUUGACAUUCACCCUGAUGCUGUUCACACCAUUGAGGAUGCCCUGCACUUGUUUUCUGCACCAGAAACUCUUGAAGGGUACCGAACAUCAGUCACUGGAAAGGCUAGGACUGCAAAAAAAUCCAUACAGAUACAGACACUUCCUAAAGUAAUGAUAUUGCACUUGAUGCGUUUUGGUUAUGGAAACCAGGGAAGCACCAAGUUGCUUAAGCCCGUGUACUUUCCUCUUGAGUUGGUAUUGGGUCGUGACCUGCUCGUUUCACCAUCAACCGAGGGUCGAAAAUAUGAGCUUGUUGCUACAAUUACUCAUCAUGGAAGGGAGCCUUCAAAAGGACACUACACAGCUGAUGCUCAGUACCCAAAUGGUCGGUGGCUACGAUUUGAUGACGCAUCUGUCUUUGCCAUAGGAACAAAUAAGGUGCUGCAUGAUCAGGCCUAUGUUCUUUUCUACAAACAGAUAUAA